ACAGUGGACGCUGCCUUUAAAGAGUAAAGACCGGGCUCCUCCGCUGCGGAUGAUAGCGUGGAUAUUUUAAGUUUUUCUCCAACUCCCCUUCUCCCUAUACUUCCCGCGUAAUUUACCACUACCACUGAAUGAAUAGAUUAAUUUAUACCAAAGGAAUUGCCGGACCUGAUGUGGGAAUAGGCUUUGGAAACUUUGGCUUCUCAUGAGGGGAGUAUCGCGGUGGUUGCUCGAGCACGUAACAGGGAGCGAGACGGUUCUCUCUCGCGCUCUCCCAUAUUCAAAACUACCAGAGAGAAUCAGACUCACUAUCAACAAAGGAUAAACUUCAUGAUGAACUUUUAUGGAAAGGGGAAAACUAUUGCAGAUUAAAUUGUUGCCUUUGCCUACAUUUAACUUGCUCCGAUGCAGGUGCAGUGAGAAUUUGAACGGCCUAUGAUUGAAUUCUGCUCUGCAAUCUGAAAAUGAUUUUUUCAAAGGAACACAGAUAGGUUCAAGCUAUUUUCUUGCAAUUCGUAAUAGGUAGAAAUAGGUUUGCCCCCUUGCAAUACGGACUGAAACCCACGACUGUCAGUGAGUGUAUGCUACAAUUUUGUUCAAACAUAAAAAACUAUAGUGUGUAUUUUUAUCCACAGGGGAAACGUUUUAAAUGAAAAAUACGUUGCUGAAUGACUGCGUUAUUGCAUAAACCUACCGAUAAUUGCAUUUUUGAGCUUAUAUUUUCUUGGCAUUCUUUACGUCAUAUGUGUGACGGCAAAGCUUUAAAUUGACCCGCUUCACGUAUCGUUCCUUCUGAGCAGUUGGCGCUUGUUGGAUAGCUUGUUCUCGCUCGAGCGCCCGGAGAUUGCCCGGUUUCAGCGGCAACAGCGUUCACAGGGAGAGGACAGUAACAGCAUCCACACCGGCACACAGAGAACUCUGGGAAGACUUGGUCAGCACCACAGCAGAGCAACAUGCAUCCAGCGUGCCUGACACACGCUGCGCAUUUAGUCCGGCUGGGGACAAUGGUUGGGGAUUCGCCUGGGUUGAGGUGGCGUGCCACAUGGAUUUUAUUGUUUUAUCUGUUUGUCUACUACACAACAGCUCAAGAUGACGUGCCGCCCUACUUUAAGACGGAGCCGGUGCGAAGCCAGUUGCACCUGGAGCGUAACAGGCUGGUGUUGACGUGUAUGGCAGAGGGGAGCUGGCCCCUGGAGUUCAAAUGGAUCCACAAUGGCACUGAGCUCACACGUUUCUCACAGGAGUACAGGUACUUGAUUCCCUCCCUGGACCGUUCCCAUGCUGGCUUCUACCAAUGUAUCAUCAGGAACCGUGUUGGAGCCUUACUACAGAGGAGGACUGAAGUGCAGGUUGCAUUUAUGGGCGGUUUUGAGGAGGGUGAGCGCGCCCAGUCGGUCUCUCAGGGGGAGGGGGCAGUGGUUCCUGCUCCACGCAUCAGGAGCUUUCCCCAGCCGCAGGUCACAUGGUUCAGAGACGGACGCAAGAUACCGCCCAGCAGCCGCAUAGCCAUUACUCUGGACAACACUCUGGUCAUCCUGUCCACGGUGGCCCCUGAUGCUGGACGUUACUACGUACAGGCUGUCAACGACAAGAACGGCGAAAACAAGACCAGCCAACCCAUAACCCUUUCUGUCGACAAUGUUGGUGGGCCUGCAGACCCCAUUGCCCCCACCAUAAUCAUCCCCCCAACAAACACCAGUGUAGUGUCAGGCACGUCUGAAGUCACCAUGGAGUGUGUCGCGAACGCAAGACCACUGAUCAAACUCAGCAUCACAUGGAGGAAGAACAGGGUUCUGGUCACCAGUGGUCUGAGUGACUUCAACCGCAGACUGACCAUUAUCGGCCCUGUGGUCAGUGACUCAGGGUUCUAUGAGUGUGAGGUGGUCCUCCGCAGCAGCAGUGUGCCUUCUGUCAAUGCUGGGGCCUACCUUCAUGUUCAAGAGCCUCCCCAGUUUGUUAAGGAACCAGAGAAACACAUCAUUGCUGAGAUGGAGAAAGUGGUGGAUAUCCCCUGUCAGGCACGAGGUGUGCCUCAACCAGACAUUGUGUGGUAUAAGGAUGCGGUGCCCAUCAGCCCAGUGAAAACCCCCAGGUAUAGGGUGUUAGUGGGGGGCAGUUUGCAGGUCAACGGCCUUCUUCCUGACGACACAGGGAUGUUCCAAUGCUUUGCACGGAACCUGGCAGGAGAGGUGCAGACCAACACCUACCUGGCUGUCACUAGCAUCGCCCCUAACAUCACAGCUGGACCAUCUGACAGCACGGUGAUUGACGGCAUGUCAGUCAUUCUCCACUGUGAAACAUCAGGAGCACCAAGACCAGCUAUCACCUGGCAGAAAGGUGAGCGUGUUCUGGCCAGUGGUUCUGUUCAGCUGCCCAGGUUCACCUUGCUGGAGUCUGGCAGCCUGCUCAUCUCCCCAUCCCACAUAUCAGACGCUGGCACCUACACCUGCAUGGCCAGCAACUCCCGGGGCAUAGACGAGGCUGCUGCUGACCUUGUGGUGUGGGCUCGCACCCGUAUCAACACCCCCCCUCAGGACCAGAGUGUCAUCAAAGGCACCAAGGCCACUGUGACCUGUGGAGUUACACACGACCCCAGUGUCACGGUCAGGUAUGUGUGGGAGAAGGAGGGCUUGGUCAUCAACGCCCAGUCUAUCCCUCGUAUCCGGCUGGACCCGGAUGGUACCCUCCACAUCUCCCAGACCUGGUCAGGUGACAUCGGGACCUACACCUGUAGGGUUAUGUCGGUAGGAGGCAACGACUCACGCAGCGCACACCUCCGAGUCAGACAGCUGCCCUAUGCUCCAGAGAGCCCUGCGGCUCUGCUAAGUUCUUCAGAGAAGAGGGCCAUUAACCUGACCUGGGCCAAGCCCUUCGACGGGAACAGCCCCCUGCUUCGCUACAUCCUGGAGGUCUCUGAGAACAACGCUCCCUGGGCUAUCCUCCUGGCCAACAUAGAGCCUGAGUCGACAGCAGUGACCGUCAGUGGACUCAUCCCAGCACGCUCCUACCAGUUCCGCCUGUGUGCCGUCAACGACGUGGGCAAGGGCCAGUUCAGCAAGGAGACUGACCGUGUAUCUCUACCAGAGGAACCUCCCAGUGCCCCUCCCCAGAAUGUGAUCGCCAGCGGCCGCACCAACCAGUCCAUCAUGAUCCAGUGGCAGCCCCCACCAGAGAGCCACCAGAACGGGGUUCUCAGGGGCUACAGCGUCCGGUAUCGUCUAACAGGUCUUCCAGGGGACUACCAGAGUAAGAACAUCUCCAAACCCGACGUUACCAACAUUCUCCUGGAGGACCUGAUCAUCUGGACCAACUAUGAGAUAGAGGUGGCAGCCUACAACAGGGCGGGGCUAGGAACCUUCAGCCACAAGGUCACUGAGUGGACGCUGCAGGGAGUGCCGACUAUAGCCCCCAGUAAAGUUCAGGUGGAGGCCGUCAAUUCCACGACCAUCCGUAUCACUUGGGCCGCCCCUAACCCUCAGUUUAUCAACGGGAUCAACCAGGGAUACAAGCUAUUGGCAUGGGAGCCAGGUCAGGAAGAGGAGGUCACCAUGGUUACAGUGAGACCUAACUUCCAGGACAGUGUGCAUGUGGGCUACGUGACGGGGCUGAAGAAGUUCACAGAGUACUACAGCUCUGUGCUGUGUUUCACUACGCCGGGAGACGGCCCCCGCAGCCCCGCUAACGGCCUGAGGACACAUGAAGACACUCCUGGGGCGGUGGGUGACCUGAGCUUCACAGAGAUCCUCGACACGUCUCUCAAAGUGAGCUGGAGAGAACCUGAAGAGAAGAACGGAGUCCUCACAGGGUACCGUAUCUCAUGGGAGGAGUUUAACCGCACCAACACACGGGUGACCCACUACCUCCCCAACGUGACCCUGGAGUACCGCGUCACAGGGCUGACUGCCCUCACCACCUACACCAUCGAGGUGGCCGGCAUGACCUCCAAGGGCCAGGGAAAACUGUCCUCCUCCACAAUCUCUUCUGGAGUACCUCCAGAGCUGCCUGGUCCUCCCACCAACAUGGCCAUCUCCAACAUUGGCCCUCGAUCCAUCACUCUCCAGUUUAAACCCGGCUACGAUGGAAAGACCUCCAUCUCUCGCUGGCAGGUAGAGGCCCAGGUCAGUGUGAUAGGAGACAAUGAGGACUGGGUGAUUGUUCACCAGCUGCCCAACAAGCCUGAUGCCCGAUCCCUGGAGGUGCCAGGACUAAACCCAUACACAUUUUACAGGUUCCGUAUGCAUCAGGUGAACAUUGUGGGGACUAGUCCUCCCAGUCAGCCCUCCAGGAAGAUCCAGACCUUGCAGGCCCGUCCAGAUAUGUUCCCCGCUAACGUCACCCUGCGCACGGCCAGCGAGACCAGUCUGUGGCUCCGAUGGGUGCCCCUACCAGAGUGGGAGUACAAUGGGGACCCAGAGGUGGUAGGCUACCGGGUCCAGUAUUCCCGCACAGGCUCCCAGGGUAGGGCGCUGACCCAUGUGAUCGCUGACCGGCUGGAGAGGGAGUUCACCAUCGAGGACCUGGAGGAGUGGACAGAGUACGAUGUCAGGGUUCAGGCUCUCAACGGCAUCGGGGCCGGGCCCUGGAGCCAGCCUGUCAGAGGAAGGACCAGAGAGUCUGUCCCCUCCUGUGGUCCCACCAACGUGUCAGUCUUUGCCACGACCUCCAGCAGUAUCCUGGUGCGCUGGUUUGAAGUACCAGAACCAGACCGGAAUGGGCUGAUCUUGGGAUACAAGGUGUUGUAUAGGGAGAAGGACUCUGACUCGUCCCUCCAGUUGUGGACAGUGGAUGGGAACGCCAGCCACAGUGUCCAGCUGACUGGUCUGGGGAAAUACGUCCUCUAUGAGAUCCAGGUCCUGGCCUUCACCCGCAUCGGAGACGGCAUGCCCAGCUCACCACUCAUACUGGAGAGAACUCUGGACGACGUGCCCGGCCCUCCAGUGGGCAUCCUGUUCCCUGAGGUCCGGACCACCUCGGUGCGUCUCAUCUGGCAGUCCCCGUCCCAGCCUAAUGGUAUCAUCCUGGCCUAUCAGAUCACGUAUCGUCUGAAGGAAACUCGCCCUCAGCCCACCGGUCGUCCCAUGGUGCCCCAAGAGAAUGUUCAGGCCCGCAGCGUGUUGUUGUCAUGGGAACCAGGCAGCGAUGGCCUCUCUCCGAUCCGCUACUACACCGUGCAGCUGAGAGAACUGCCCGACAGCAACUGGACCGUCCACUCUGCCUCGGUCAACCACGAGUCUAGCUUCUACAUAGUUGGCAGGCUGAAGCCCUUCAUCUCCUACCAGUUUAGAGUGAAAGCCACCAACGACAUAGGAGACAGUGAAUACAGCGAGGAGAGUGAAGUUAUCACCACACUACAGGACGCCCCUGACGAAGCCCCCACAAUCCUCUCUGUCACACCACACACAACUACAUCCGUGCUGAUUCGCUGGCAGCAUCCGUCUGAGGAGAAGAUUAACGGUAUCCUCCUGGGUUUCCGGAUACGAUACCGGGAGCUCAUGUACGACCGCCUCCGCAGCGUCUCCGUACGCACCGCCAACAGCCCCUCCAAUACAUGGACCGAGCUCAACUCCCCCUACAGCGUGAGAAACCUGAGCGAGUCCUCUCUCACCCAGUAUGAGCUGGAUAACCUGAGCAAACACAAGCGCUAUGAGAUCAGGAUGAGUGUGUAUAACGCUGUGGGGGAGGGACCAACCAGCACACCACAGGAGGUGUUUGUAGGAGAAGCAGUACCCACCGCCCCACCUCAGAAUGUGGCCAUCCAAUCAGCAACGGCCACCCAGCUGGACGUGACGUGGGAGCCUCCUCCAUUGGACUCUCAGAACGGAGACAUCCAGGGAUACAAGGUGUACUUCUGGGAGAUCCAGCACAAGAAUGAGACGGAGAGACUGCGCACCCUGUUCCUGCCAGAGGGAGGGGUCAAGCUGAAGAACCUGACUGGAUACACCACCUACAUGAUCAGUGUGGCCCUCUUCAAUGCAGCAGGGGACGGGCCCCGAAGCCCACCAACCAGGGGCCGUACACAACAGGCUGCCCCCAGCGCUCCCAGCUUCAUCCACUUCAGUGAGCUGACUACCACGUCGGUCAACGUGUCCUGGGGUGAGCCCACCUACCCCAACGGCAUUCUAGAGGGCUACAGGCUGGUCUACGAGCCCUGCACCCCUGUUGACGGAGUCAGUAAGAUAGUGACGGUGGACGUCAAAGGGGCCCCGUUCUGGAUGAAGAUCAAGGACCUGGCUGAUGGGGUGACCUACAACUUCAGGAUCCGGGCCAAGACGUUCACAUACGGGCCUGAGGUGGAGGCUAACAUCACCAUGGGGCCUGGCGAAGGAGCCCCGGGCCCCCCUGGAGAGCCUUUCAUCUCCCGGUACAGCUCAGCUCUUACCAUCCACUGGUCCAAUGGUGACCCCGGGAGUUCGCCUAUCACACACUACGUCAUCGAGGCCAGACCUUCAGAUGAGGGCUUGUGGGAUAUCUUGAUCAAGGACAUCCCAAAGGAAGUGACGUCAUACGCCUUCAACAUGGACAUUCUGAAGCAAGGGGUUAGUUAUGACUUCCGGGUUAUUGGCGUGAACGACUAUGGCUACGGGUCUCCUAGUCCACCCUCAGCCUCCAUAUCUGCCAAAAAGGUGGCGCCAUUCUACGAGGAGUGGUGGUUCUUGGUGGUGGUGGCCCUGGUAGGUCUUAUCUUCAUCCUCCUUCUGGUCUUCAUCCUCAUCAUCAGAGGUCAGAGCAAGAAGUACGCCAAGAAAUCUGACUCAGGUAACAACUCCAACUGUAAUGCCCUGACCCAUGGAGAUAUGGUCAGCCUGGACGAGGGACGUUUCCCGGCCCUGGAACUCAACAACCGACGGCUGUCCGUCAAGAACUCCUUCUGCCGUAAGAACGGUGUCUAUACCAGGUCUCCUCCUCGGCCCAGCCCAGGCAGUCUCAACUACUCUGACGAGGAUUUGAGCACCACCAAGUACAACGAUCUGAUCCCGGCUGAGAGCAGCAGCCUGACAGAGAAACCAUCUGAGAUAUCAGACUCUAAGGGCAGUGACAGUGAGUACGAAGUGGACCAGCACAGACAGAAGACACACUCCUUUGUGAGCCACUACAUCAGUGACCCCACCUACUACAACUCCUGGCGCCGGCAGCAGAAGGGCAUCUCCCGGGCACAGGCCUACAAUUAUACAGAAUCAGAGUCGGGUGACCCGGACCAUGGUCAACCCCAGGGCCUCACACCCCAGGGCCAGGGUAGUCUGUUCCGGCCUAAAGGCAGUCGGACUCCCACCCCCUCUCAGCAGCUCUCCAACUCCACCCCUCCCAGCCACUCCAACACCCUGUCCUACUGGCCCCCCAGCAGCCCCAGCCCAGCCCCUGGAUCUCGGGCCCCCAUCGCCGGGUUCUCCUCAUUCGUUUGA